CAUGAAUUGGGUAAAUGACAGCAUCAUACAGGAGUUUAUUCUGCUGGGUUUCUCAGAUCGACCUUGGCUGGAGUUUCCACUCUUUGUGGUCUUCUUGAUUUCUUACAUUGUGACCAUCUUUGGCAAUCUGACCAUUAUUCUAGUGUCACACCUGGACUCCAAACUUCAUACCCCCAUGUAUUUUUUUCUUACCAAUCUAUCACUCCUGGAUCUUUGUUACACCACAUGUACAGUCCCACAAAUGCUAGUAAAUUUAUGCAGCAUCAGGAAAGUAAUCAGUUAUCGUGGCUGUGUAGCCCAGCUUUUCAUAUUUCUGGCCUUGGGGGCUACUGAAUAUCUUCUCCUGGCCGUCAUGUCCUUUGAUAGGUUUGUAGCUAUUUGUCGGCCUCUCCAUUACUCAGUUAUCAUGCACCAGAGACUCUGCCUCCAGUUGGCAGCUGCAUCCUGGGUUACUGGUUUUAGUAACUCAGUGUGGUUGUCUACCCUGACUCUCCAGCUGCCACUCUGUGACCCCUAUGUGAUAGAUCACUUUCUCUGUGAAGUCCCUGCACUGCUCAAGUUAUCUUGUGUUGAGACAACAGCAAAUGAGGCUGAACUAUUCCUUGUCAGUGUGCUCUUCCAUCUAAUACCCCUGACACUCAUCCUUAUAUCAUAUGCUUUUAUUGUCCGAGCAGUAUUGAGGAUACAGUCUGCUGAAGGUCGACAAACAUUUGGGACAUGUGGUUCCCAUCUAAUUGUGGUGUCUCUUUUUUAUGGUACAGCUGUCUCUGUGUACCUGCAACCACCUUCGCCCAGCUCCAAGGACCGAGGAAAGAUGGCUUCUCUCUUCUAUGGAAUCAUUGCACCCAUGCUGAAUCCCCUUAUAUAUACACUUAGGAAUAAAGAGGUAAAGGAAGCCUUUAAAAGGUUGGUUGCAAGAGUCUUCUUAAUCAAGAAAUAAGAAAUAUGCAAAUGAUAAGCUUUGCUAAAGACAAAAUGUUUACUUAGCUUACUAACUUCUCUGCAAGUUGCCCUAUUUUUAUUGUUACUGUAGAGAACAAUGUAAUCUCCCUCAAAUAAAAUUUCCUUGAUGAAGAACUAUA